AUGGACCAACAGGAGGAGAAAGCAGGCAAAACGGAGCCCAAAGGAGCUCGAUCGAGUCGCCACAGAUCGAUCGACUCACCACACACCCACUCGAUCGAUCCCAUGCGCUGCCCAUCGAUCGACUCACAUCAGCUACCCAGCUCGAUCGAUCCCAUGCAAGAGGAGUCGCUCGAUCGUCCUUCGAUCGAUCCCAUGCAGCGACGAGCUCGAUCGAUCCCGUUCUGUCUCAGCCGUUCGAUCAAUCCCGGUCAGAUGAUAUCACAGCCGUUCGAUCUACUUGGUGCAAACCGACUUCGAUCGAACCACAGCGAACCGGAUUGA